GUACAACUACAGCAACUCGAAGCGUAUGCGGCGGCACUUUUGGGUGGACCUGCAGAAGGUGGAGCUGUGCUGGGCCAAGGCCAAGGGCGAGGAGCCGCAGAGCAUGAGCCUCCGCGACAGCGUGGGCAUCAUCUUCGGGCCCAUGACCACGACCUUCCAGCGCUGCGCCAGCCUGGAG